CCAUCAGGAUUGAUCGGGUUCCAUUGGGACCCGUCAGAAUCCAUUGGGAUCCACCGGGAUCCAUCAGGACCAGGGGAUCCAUCGGGAUCCAGCGGGAUCCAUCAGGACCAGGGGAUCCACCGGGAUCCACCGGGAUCCAUCGGGAUCCAGCGGGUCCGGCCAUGCCGCGCGCGUUCCUGGUGAAGAAGCCGGUGGUGGCCACGGCCAAGCGCAACUGGAGCGAGCUCCCGGACGAGCAGCGGGCCGAGAUCUACGUGCCCAUCUGCCUGGGGGGCUGCCCCCUGCGCAGGGACCCCGAGCCGGCGGUGGGCGAGGCCCCCGCGUCCCCCGUGUCCCCCCUGGACAUGACGCUGCCCCCCCGCGCCCCCCCCGGCCCCUUCCUGCACCCCAAGGGCAAGGUCCCCUCCGGCCCUUUGGGCGCCCCCCUUCCCCCGGGGCUGCCCCUGGCCGGGGGGGUCCCGGUGGGGGUCCCGGUGGCCGGGGGGGUCCCGGGGGGCUCGGAGCUCUUCUCGUGCCCCGUGUGCCACAAGAGCUUCGGGUUCCAGCGGAUGCUGAACCGGCACCUCAAGUGCCACAGCGAGGUGAAGCGGCACCGCUGCCCCUACUGCGGGAAGGGCUUCAACGACACCUUCGACCUCAAACGGCACGUGCGCACCCACACCGGUGUCCGUCCCUACAAGUGCUCCCUGUGUGACAAGGCCUUCACGCAGCGCUGCUCGCUGGAGUCCCACCUGCGCAAGAUCCACGGCGUGGCGCAGCGCUACGGCUACAAGGAGCGCCGGGCCAAGCUCUACGUGUGCGAGGAGUGCGGCGGCACGGCCGACAGCCAGGACGCGCACCUGGCGCACCUGCGCCAGCGCCACCCCCACAGCCCCCUGCUGGCCAAGCUGGCCCGCAAGGCCGCGGCCACGCCCGCGCCACGCCCGGCCCCGCCCCGCGCCGCCCCGCCCCCCUAGGGACCAACCAAGGGGGGACACGCCCGGUGUGGGAGGGACACGCCCAGUGUGGGAGGGACACGCCCAGGUAGUGAGGGACACGUCCAGUGUGGGAGGGACACGCCCAGUAUGGGAGGGACACACCCAUUUAGAGGUUAGGGAAGGGACACACCCAUUCAGAUAGAGACACGCCCAGUGUGGGAGGGACACGCCCCAUUUGAAAGGGACACACCCACUUAAGCGGUGCAGCCAUUCGUAGCGGAUCACGCCCAUUUAGGAGAGGGACACGCCCAUUUAGGAGAGGGACACGCCCAUUUAGGAGAGGGACAUGCCCAUUUAGAGGUUAGGGAAGGGACACGCCCAGCUGGGACACGCCCAGUUUUGGGAGGGAAUUGCCCACUUAGGGACACAGGUAGUUAGGGCAAGGACACGCCCAUUUAGGGAAGGACACACCCACUUUAGGUAGGGACACGCCCAUUUAGGGCAGGGACACGCCCAGUUUUGGGUUGGGGAAACACUCAGAGGCCACGCCCAUUGUGUUGGGACACGCCCCUUUUGGGAUUGGGGGAUUUGGGAUUGAAGCCACGCCCAUUUGGAGUAGAAGCCACACCCACUUUGCCCCCUUGGGAAUUAAAGCCCCUCUGUGCUGACUGA